AUGGUCUCUGAUCGAUUGACGCAGUUGGCCCACCAGGUCACUGCGACAGCUGCACCUCCACAUCCAUUUGACCCUCUUUCCACUGCGGAGAUUGAAGCUACUGUAAACAUCAUUCGAAAAGAGCAUGGCCCUCUUCAUUACAAUGCCAUUACUUUGUAUGAGCCUCGAAAGGCCGAAAUGAUGGCCUGGGUAGCCAAACCAGAAAAUGCACCUCGGCCAGCUCGAAAAGCCGACGUCGUGGCGAUUGCACCGGGCGGCAAGGUGUAUGACGGCGUGGUCGAUUUGGACAACAAUGAGAUUGCGGAAUGGAAUCACACACCUGAUGUUCAGCCGUUGAUCACUAUGGAGGACCUUCAGGAGGUCGAGCAUGUGGUGCGCAAGGAUUUCAAAGUCAUUGAGCAAUGCGGCAUUGUCGGUAUUCCGGCCGAAGAUAUGCAUAAAGUGUACUGUGAUCCAUGGACAAUUGGCUACGAUGAGAGAUUCGGCAGUACAGUUCGUCUUCAGCAGGCCUUGAUGUACUACAGGCCACACCCCGACGACUCCCAAUACACUUAUCCUCUUGACUUUUGCCCAAUUUACAAUGCGGAAACUCGCGAGAUCAUCCAUAUCGACAUUCCCCUUGUGCGUCGACCCAUCAACAAGGCCCCUCCUAACAAUUAUCAUCCUGCCGCUAUUGAGAAAGAGGGCGGCUAUCGGAAGGACAUCAAGCCAAUCCACAUCACUCAGCCAGACGGUGUCUCUUUCGUGGUCAAUGGAAGAAUGAUUGAAUGGCAAAACUGGAACAUCCACGUCGGAUUCAAUUAUCGCGAGGGCAUUGUUCUAAACAACAUUACUUUCAAUGACAAGGGAAACGUCCGACCAAUCUUCUGGCGCCUCUCGGUAGCGGAGAUGGUCGUCCCCUAUGGAAAUCCCGAACAUCCUCACCAGCGAAAGCACGCAUUCGACCUUGGUGAGUACGGCGGUGGAUACAUGACCAACAGUCUCUCUCUGGGAUGCGACUGCAAGGGUGCCAUCCACUAUAUGGACGCCGCGUUUGUCAACCGAGCAGGUGCAGCUACCACGAUCAAGAACGCGAUCUGCAUCCACGAGGAAGAUGCCGGGAUUCUGUUCAAGCAUACCGAUUUCCGCGAUGACUCGGUCGUCGUGACUCGCGGCCGCAAGCUCAUCAUCUCCCACAUCUUCACUGCAGCCAACUACGAGUACUGCGUCUACUGGAUCUUCCACCAGGAUGGAACCGUUCAACUGGAAAUAAAAUUGACCGGCAUUCUCAAUACCUACGCCAUGAAUGCAGGCGAGGACACCCACGGCUGGGGCACUGAAGUCUACCCCGGUGUCAACGCUCACAAUCACCAGCAUCUGUUCUGUCUUCGCGUGGAUCCGAACAUCGACGGGCCUGACAACACCGUCUUCCAAGUAGACGCUGUCCGAGGACCAGGUGAAGUCGGAAGCCUCGAAAACAAAUAUGGCAACGCUUUCUACGCGAAGAAGACCAAAUUCACGACUCCGCGCGAAGCCAUGUCCGACUACGACGGCUCGACCAGCCGCACAUGGGAUAUGGCUAAUACCAAUAAACUCAACUCCCACAGCAAGCAGCCAGUAUCCUACAAACUCGUCAGUCGGGAUGUACCUCCCCUCCUGCCCAAAGAGGGAAGUCUUGUCUGGAAACGAGCUGGUUUUGCCCGCCACGCAAUUCACGUCACGAAAUAUUCCGACGAUCAAAUUCACCCUGCUGGCCGUCACGUUCCUCAAACUUCAGGCGAGCCCUCUCAGGGUAUUCCCGCCUGGAUCGAAUCCGCCGGCUCCGACUCCUCCAUCGACAACACAGACGUGGUGCUCUGGCAUACCUUCGGACUGACGCACUUCCCUGCACCAGAAGAUUAUCCCAUCAUGCCGGCUGAGCCCAUGACGCUUUUGCUUCGACCGCGGCAUUUCUUCGACCGGAACCCUGUGCUGGAUGUCCCACCGAGCUAUGCGCGCACACCCAGUCAAAUUGCGUCUGGAUCUGGAGCUUGCGGGUGCACGAAGAAUGACGGAUCUAGCAUUUUGGUUUAA